AUGUCUUCUAAAGCUAAAAAACUUACCGACCAAGAAAUAACCUUACAAUUUAAUAACAUGAAAAGCGAAAUGCAAGCAAUUGCACAGAAAAUUGGGGAAUUAGAGGGUGACGCCGAAGAACACAAAGCGGUAAUUGAUACAAUAUCUCCUUUGAAUGGAGAUCGAAAAUGUUUUCGCCUUGUAGGUGGUGUAUUGGUAGAGCGUACUGUAAAAGAA